UGUGUGUUUCAUCGAAAUUGAAAGACUCACUUCAUCACUUGUUAUUUAUCUACAUACAUACUUAGUGAUUAGUACUAUUUUGAAACAUUUGAGUCGGGAAUAUAUUGAUUGACUCAAUUCAUAAACUUGAAACCUGAAUUGGAAAAACACCUAUCCAAUGGAAUUUUUCUGGGAAAUUUCAAUUUGAAGUACAAAAAUAGGUUUCUUAGACCUACAAUGGUAGUAUUAUUCAUCUAAAUUUCAAACAGGGGGUACCUAUCUUAUCUACAAAAUAUCAUACAGGGUGUUCAAGAAUGAUGGGAUUUAAUGUGAUUUGGUAAGCCUAGGGAAAAAAAUUUCCCUGAGGGUUUGGUUGGGUUAUUGUUUCAAAUGAAAUGCAAAACAAAAGUUUCUCUCGUGUUUUAUUUAAAAUACCUAUCACUUAAAUGCUCAUUUUUUCAAUGAUUAUUCUAUUACCUAUUCAAUUUUCAAGCAGGGAAUUUUCUCGAUUUGUCGAUAAAAUCGAAGUCUCUUAUUUUUGGGCACACAUGUACUUUGAUUGAAAAGUUUGUCCUGCGAUAAAAUUUAAUUUCUUAAAAUAAUGGAGGUAUCGGAGGCACGUGAAGAUAGCUUUUUAAUUACGAAUUUCUAUCAAAUUUACAAAAUUGAUAAGUUGGUACCUACUUGUCUUAAUCUUAAUAACUUUUCGGUGCAUAAUAACCCGUAAACAUGAUCAUACGAAAGAAUGAUGAUACCAACGUAGAGUUUCGUGGUUGAUGCUUUUUGCUUAAUUUUUUCUUCAACCAAUGCGCUUAGUUCAAAAUAUUACAGAAGGUGACCCAUUACACUUAUUAUUUAACAUCAUGCAUAAUAAAUAGCUUCUUCGACACUCAGCUCAGACCCCAAAGGCUCCUGGAUUCUCAACAGCUCGACCAUCAGAAGUUACCUACUUAAUUAAUUAUGAGGUAUUUAUGUACCUAAUCAUUUCAAUUAUUGAUUGAAAAUGAAAUGAAAAACCUACGGAAAAUAUUGACACUAUGGUUACUCUGGCAUAUCCGAAGCGUCAUCCUUCUGCUACACGAAUCUCCAAGUUUCUUAGAGCUAACGAAGGAUCCUGGAUUCGUAGAUAAAACAAUGUUAUUAGAGACGGUGUUCCAGCACCUGAACUGCAACUAUCAUUUGCUGACAUACCCUUCGAAAUUCGGCAAAACCAGUAAUUUAAAAAUGAUUCAAAGUUUCGUCGAAUUGAAAGCGGAUAAAUGCGCACACAUAAAAAAGAAAUGGAAUACUACGAGUUACAAGGUAUUCACUAAUAAAUCAUUAGGACUGAGAAUUUCCCAGCAUCGUCAUCUUAUACGAAAGCAUCUAGCAGAGUAUCCGGUCAUCUACAUCACAUUCAGAAACAUUAUUCGUCCCACGUUCGAGGAAACUAUUCAAAAAUUGAGUGACAAAAUCAGAGAAUGUUAUGAAAAAUACCAUUGGUUGUACGAGGUAUUGAAGAACGACAGUUUACAAGAAACCAGCGACGAAUGGGGGUAUCUUUUACGGGGCCAGAUCGAAUUCUGGAAUAGAACCUAUGUAAAUAGGUGUCGAGCUGUUGAUUUGCAGAAUAGUUUGUUCGCUUUGUCUAAAAUUCUCUGUUAUUAUUUGGAUAAGAAAAUUUUCGUUUUAAUCGACGAUUACGAUGCUCCGUUGAUCGAGGCGAUAUCAUCGAACGAAAAGAUCUCCUAUCAUGUGUUCCUUAUUCAAGAUUACGUUAAUGGUAUAAUACAGAAAUUAUUCAAACCAUCGUGUUUGGAUCAAUACAUAGAAUACGGAUUCGUUACAGGAACUACGAGUUAUAUUGUAUCGUCUUCGUUGACCAAAAUUCAGAGCAUACGUCACUAUCGUUUCCUCGACGAUCAUAUUUUUACACCUUUUUUCGGUUUUAACGAGCAAGAAAUUCGUAAUUUGCAGCAACGUCAUCGUCAUCAACAAGUUGAAAUGGAGCAUAAUAAUACCCUGAUGGGUAUUUUUUCAGGAUAUCAAAUACAUAACACGUCGAUAAAAAUAUACAAUCCGUAUUUGUGCUCAAAAUAUUUCAACGAAUGUUCGAAGAAUCGUUCGGAAAUGACGGAAUUAUCGUCUGAUGUCAUCGAGAAAGGCUUUCUUACAAAUCUUAUACAAAGUCCGAGACUAAAAGAAUGCCUAUUACAACUUUCAAAUUCGAGUUUAAUCCAAUUCAAACUUUUAACUCAUAUUAGCGUAGACGAUUUUCGAAAAUUUUACAAAGUUGGAUGUGAAACUGGAAUUAAGGACGAGUUUGACUUCGAUAUAUUUUAUUCGUUGCUUUACGAGAUUGGAUACCUGAGUUAUACUGAUCAAGAAGGAGUGUUCAGUAAACCUAAAGAAAUUGCCAAUGUUUUCGCAGAUUAAUGGGACCUAUUUUAAGAAUCGUUUUAUAAUAUUAGAAUUAUUUUCUAUUUUGAUUAGUUUUAUUUUUUUCUCGCAAAAAAUGACCCUCAUUUCAUUAUGGUUUUUAUUCUAAACUGGAUAGUUAAAAGAGGAAAUUUCAAUAAUCAUAAUUUUUCGCUUAUAAUUACGAUGAUAUCAGAAUAAAGAUCAGACUUACGUAUAUGAACUAUAA